AGGACGGACAAACGGCUUUUCUUUGGGCAGCGAGCACUUCAAAUGGUAAAAUGGCGGAAAAUUUGUUAGAAAAGGGUGCACAAGUGUAUGCCAGGCAUAUGGUGAGGAUAGAUGUAUUUUGGCCCCUUGUAUAGACUUGGUCUAUUGUGUGUCAUCCCACUGAAUUUCACCAGAUAUAAUGUAGAUAGGACAAUAGGAUGGAUAGAUCUAUGUUUGUGCAGAUAUAGUCUAUCAUUACAUCUGUGUCAUCUGUAUAUUGCAUCCAACAUGACUGAUGUACGUGUUGAGAAGUUCACUCCCCCUGCUGGUGUACUGUGGACAUCAAUUUUGCCAAGAUGAAUGCGGACAUUAAUUCUAGCCUAGGUAUGGUUUGUGUCUUAAGUGGUGCAAUCCUAGUUUUGGAUGUUAACAAUUCGACAGUAUGUACAUAAUGGACGCUAUUAAUACGGUCAACAAUUUAGGGCCAUUAGUCCGUGUGUGUUGUGACCUCGAAAAGUGCCUAGAAAACGAUUUUCAUUAAGCAUGUCUUAGAACUGAAAUACUUUUACGGGAACUAACACUUUCGAACACGCUGAGUUCAAAUCUGAAAAGUUCCCACUCUGUAGACCCGCAGUUUGUUCACAAAAUGCUAUUUUAUCUUCACUAAUUUCACAACAAAUUUUUUCAUUGUUCAACGGUACGGAUCGAUGACGAUACACGAUUAUGUCACUCAAAAGGACCAAUUUCUAUUAACCAUUCUUCCUUUUAACAAAAGAUCGGCUUUGCUCGAAUCAUUUUGAGUUAUGUAAUCUUAUGCGUGUUGGACGUAAACAACAUAUCUUGUCUACAACUUUGAGAAGGUACAGAUAAUUGAGAAAUAAUUCUUCACAUGCGAUCAAAAUGUUUUAUACAAAGAUAUAAAACGGUAAUCUAUAUGUAAUGGAUCAGCAUUGAAAUUUCCAACACGGUUUCCAAAACGUAAUUCAAGAGAUAACUUAUCAUUGCAUUAGAACUAUUACAUCAGUUGGUGUUAUACUGUGCGAUAAGCAACAGCUCAUACACACAUUUCUCCACUUCGCGGUAAGUUUACAGAGCAUAUUUUAUACUUUGUGACUGAUCCUUGUCUUUGAUUUGAACAUUUAUUCUUAUAGUUUAAGGUUAUUUAAGAUUGAUCCUGUCGUAAGUCUUCUAUCUGCAACCAUUCGACAAUAUUUCGUUUUAGCGUUGUCUUUGCCGUUACGUUGGCUUCGUGUUACUUUUGUUUUAAAUAUCUUGAUCGCGUUAAAUUAGUUACUUUUCAGGCCAGUGACAUAGCUAAAAGACUUGACAUUAAUGUCCGUGUGAUUUUAUAGAGAUAUCUCUAGAACUGAGGAUUUUAGAAAGCAUUAUCUGUACCUUCUCAAAGUUGUAGAUAAGAUAUAUUGUUUACGUCCAACACGCAUAAGAUUGCACAACUUAAUAGAAGUUGGUCCUUUUGAGUGACAUAAUCGUGUAUCGUCAUCGAUCCGUAUCGUUGGACAAUGAAAAAAAUUGUUGUGAAAUUGGUGAAGAUAAAAUAGCAUUUUGUGAGAAAACUGCGGGUCUACGGAGUGGGAACUUUUCGGAUUUGAACUCAGCGUGUUCGAAAGUGUUAGUUCCCGUAAAAAUAUUUCAGAUCUAAGACAUGCUUAAUGAAAGUUAACGAUAUCGGGUCACAACACUGCACGGACUACAUGUAGUCGUGGUAACGGGGUAAUGGUGUUAACACAGUCGUGGCCAUAUCAAGAUGUGUGGGAUAUUUGGAUCCAUGCCUCAUAUUAACUUCAUGAACGCAAUUGCAAAAUUACUUUUUUGGUACAACCACCUACUUCAAAUCAUUCUGAAACCCCUGACAUUUGGCAGAGGUUAGACAGGGUAGGAAACAUUUGGUAUAGGAAGUUUAGCUAAUUUUUCAGGUGGGAACCCUGCUAGCAAGGAAACUGAAAGGGAUAUUGGAAUAAAAAUGAAUUUAAUUUGUCUCAUUUGCUGAAACGUUUAAAAUUUAAUAUAAAACUCCUUCACCGAUGUUUCAUAUCUUGUUUAUAGUUUAAAGUGCCAUUAUCAUGUGCACAAUGGUAGUCAAACCCCAAAGCCAAUGUAGAUGUGGUCAGCAACUAGCCGGUUUCGAUAUGAGUAUAUUUUCUCAAAGAAACUUAUCAUAUAUUAACCCGCCCCUGUGUGCAUGUUGUCACAUGUGAGCUCUUUGCACGCAGUUGGAAAUGUUUAAUCUAGUUUUGAACUGUUUUAAGGGCGAGUACCUAUGGACCGACUUUGAGACCGAGGAUCAUGAUGUGGGUAAGUAUUUUUUCAAUUUUAUAUAAGCCAAUUCAAAGUCUCGACUGCGCAUCCAAAAGGUUUGUUCUGCGUCAAGAUAAAUUUGACAACAUGGACUGUCAAAGUAUUGAGUUGUUCAAUCAUUAUUUGUGUUUCUCUUAUAGCCACAAUCAAUAGAAUCGUCAUUAAAUACAUCUUACAUCAAAGCUGGUUAAUCUCGCUAAGAGCACUUAAAGCUUCUACUUGCAUGCAUGCCUAAAGUAUUUCGUAGCUAUUUCCUAAACAGUUUAUGUUUUGGUAUUACUGACUAAAAAUUAGAUAGUCAUAUAUAUUAUAACAAUUGUGCUACAAUGUGACGCCAUAGGUUUAAGUGCAUGGUUAAUAUGUAUGGAUUGUGUAAAAUAGUAUCUCAGGUAUGUGACAUGUAAUUUAAUGUUGUUCUGUUAGAUCACUUAGAGUUAGAUGUAUUUAUGUUUAUAUUUAUAUAUUGUAGUUAGUUAAUUCACGUGCACGACCACAUCAGCUAUGCUGUAAAUUUACUAUUGUGUUUAAAUAAAUGAUUUUAUUAUUAUUAUUAUAAAUAAAUUUGUACCAGCAUAAUUAUUUUGUUUUUUGUGUAAAGCAAAAUAAAGAAAGGCACACUUCAGGGAAUAUGUUUUCUAAUUUGAAGUAUCUUUUGAGCAACUUUUGCAUAUUCAAACGGUGAUUGAACAGAAUACUUUCAUAUGCUUUACAUGUUAUCAUAUAGUUAAUUUCAAAAACUUCAUUAACAAUUCACGAGGAAAACACAAAGAAAAAUAAUUUGCGUGUCUUAUCUUUAUACAGGAAUGGGCCAUUCCAUUUAAUAUCCCCCCCCCCCCGGUUGACGAAAUUUUCCGAAGGACCGUUUCCGAAGGAGUCUAAAAUCAGUAAUCUCGUCAGCAGGGGGGGUGGAUUUUAACCAUUUAAAAUGGCCCAAUUUCCCAAGAAAUCGACAUUGUUUUAAGGACAAAAGAUUUUAGGCGCCUGGGAAUUUAAAAUAGCACAUCUGUCAAAAUUACUGCACACGCGAGUGAUAAAGCAAUAUUUAUGUAUUUAUUUAAUGCACUUAAUAGUUUUUAUUUUACAAGUACAGUACAACAACAGUUAAAUUAUCAAGGGCCUUGUCAGAUGAUAGUUAAUAGAAUAGGUGGUGUGGAAACUCAUUAGAAUACCAAACAUAACUCAUUAUCUAUGUUAGUCAACGUUUAUUCACAAGCAUGGUCGUUCACCGUCACGUGUGUAUUGCGUUCAUGCCUAGUCCACGACUAGGUGCACAAAUAAUCUGGAAGAAGAGAUUCCCUAACUAAACCGUGUACGUUCAUUGACUGUGAAGUUAUUAAAUUUAUCCUGACCCAAAACACGUCUUGGUCGCGACUCUGAGUUGGCUUAUUCUCGCUAUUCAUAACUGAUAUACCAGCAGUCUGCUGCCGAUUACAAGAAACUGGACUACUUUUAUCUAUCUUAUUUUAUAGAUUUUUUAAAGGAUUUGACCGAGCGUACAACUGGCAAACAAAUAUGCCCAACUGAGCCUGUGCUUAAAACAAUGGCUGCUCCCAAUGAUAUGGUUGGAAUGGACCAAGGUAAUCAAACACAAAUCAAACCGGAGGGCCUGAGUUUACUGUUUUUUGUCCUGUGAUAUUAUUAUUAGCUGUUUAAAGUUGGCACUCUAAAUAUCUUCUUGCGCAGAUUUUCGUUAAUGCGCUACCUUUGUUGGUAAAGUAAUUCAGUUUUCUUGAACACAGUGCAAAAAUGUACAUUGCACAAUUUCGCCCGAGCGAAAUUUUCUGAAAACGCACUUUUGCCGAAACAAUAAACGGAGCGAGAAGAAAACGGAGCGCUUGGCGGUUUCGUGUAAACAGCGGCACCGUAUUUAUCUUUUUAACGUUAUUUUUUAUUUUUUUCAAACGAGCUUAAUGUGAGACGAAACUCUAACAGCUUAGUGUGAACACACGCUUCAUCGUAUAGUGCAUGUGAACGUAGUUUAAAUCAGAUCGUACUUGGCCAUUUUUAUUGUAAUGAUACAGAAAUGGUGUCAAUUAAUAAUGGACAGGUAAAAGCCUGAUCUUUAUUAGAGUGACAAAAGUAAGUCUAUAAACUUAAUGUAUAGCAGUAUGAUUGCGGUUUCUCAGGAAUUAUUAAUGCAUGAGUUUGAGAUUAUUUUAUGCUGCACUAUCGUUACCCAACUGAUACCAUCUUAAGAGUUGAUUAUAUCAUUCUUUUAUUUCAGAAACAAAGAAACCAGCAGUAAACCAAAAGCCUCAAGUUAAAAUUGAACGGGUUAGUGUUCCUGAUUUUGACUGGUGAAAUUUUCAACAAAGCAAAAUUCUGAAUUCGCUUCAAUUUUUAGGAGAAUAAUGAAUACCCAGAAAUACCAGUACGCCGUAAGUAG